GGAAUUGUGGGUAGACACUGGACUUGUAAACUAAAAGCUUCGUAAGUACCUCUUUGCUUAGCAUUUUUCUCGUCCUUUCCCCAGGGUGCACAUAACCCUCAAGCACUAGGACCUUGCGGAAUCCAGGCUGCGAUGGCACCUUCAUUUACCGCCCGCAUUCAGUUGUUCCUCUUGCAGGCGCUAGGCUUUCUCAUAGGCUUAGUAGGCCGAGCAGCUUUAGUCUUAGGGGGCCCAAAAUUUGCCUCAAAGACCCCUCGGCCGGUGACUGAACCAUUGCUUCUGCUUUCGGGGAUGCAGCUGGCCAAGCUGAUCCGACAGAGAAAGGUGAAGUGUAUAGAUGUUGUUCAGGCUUAUAUCAACAGAAUCAAGGAUGUGAACCCAAUGAUCAAUGGAAUUGUCAAGUACAGGUUUGAGGAAGCAAUGAAGGAGGCUCAUGCUGUAGAUCAAAAGCUUGCAGAGAAGCAGGAAGAUGAAGCCACCCUGGAAAAUAAAUGGCCCUUCCUUGGGGUUCCUUUGACAGUCAAGGAAGCUUUCCAGGUACAAGGAAUGCCCAAUUCUUCUGGACUCAUGAACCGUCGUGAUGCCAUUUCCAAAACAGAUGCCACUGUGGUGGCAUUACUGAAGGGAGCUGGUGCCAUUCCUCUUGGCAUAACCAACUGCAGUGAGUUGUGUAUGUGGUAUGAAUCCAGUAACAAGAUCUAUGGCCGAUCAAACAACCCAUAUGAUUUACAGCAUAUUGUAGGUGGAAGUUCUGGUGGUGAGGGCUGCACACUGGCAGCUGCCUGCUCAGUGAUUGGUGUGGGCUCUGAUAUUGGUGGUAGCAUUCGAAUGCCUGCUUUCUUCAAUGGUAUAUUUGGACACAAGCCUUCUCCAGGUGUGGUUCCCAACAAAGGUCAGUUUCCCCUGGCUGUGGGAGCCCAGGAGUUGUUUCUGUGCACUGGUCCUAUGUGCCGCUAUGCUGAAGACCUGGCCCCCAUGUUGAAGGUCAUGGCAGGACCUGGGAUCAAAAGGUUAAAACUAGACACAAAGGUACAUUUAAAAGACUUAAAAUUUUACUGGAUGGAACAUGAUGGAGGCUCAUUUUUAAUGUCCAAAGUGGACCAAGAUCUCAUUUUGGCUCAGAAAAAGGUUGUGGUUCACCUUGAAACUGUUCUAGGAGCCUCAGUUCAACAUGUUAAACUGAAGAAAAUGAAGUACUCUCUUCAGUUGUGGAUCACAAUGAUGUCAGCAAAGGGACAUGAUGGGAAGGAACCUGUGAAAUUUGUGGAUUUGCUUGGUGACCAUGGGAAACAUGUCAAUCCUCUGUGGGAGUUGAUCAAAUGGUGCCUGGGUCUGUCAGUGUACACCAUCCCUUCCAUUGGACUGGCUUUAUUGGAAGAAAAGCUCAGAUAUAACAAUGGGAAAUACCACAAGUUUAAGGCAGUGGAAGAAAGCCUGCGUAAAGAGCUGGUGGAGAUGCUAGGUGAUGAUGGUGUGUUCUUAUAUCCCUCACAUCCCACAGUGGCACCUAAGCAUCAUGUCCCUCUAACACGGCCUUUCAACUUUGCUUACACAGGUGUCUUCAGUGCCCUGGGUUUGCCUGUGACCCAAUGCCCACUGGGACUGAAUGCCAAAGGACUCCCUCUAGGCAUCCAGGUUGUGGCUGGACCCUUUAAUGAUCAUCUGACCCUGGCUGUGGCCCAGUACUUGGAGAAAACUUUUGGGGGCUGGGUCUGUCCAGGAAAGUUUUAGGAGGACCUUCUGCAAGGUUAAUAUGUGUGUGUGUGUGUGUGUGUGUGUGUGUUUGUGUGGUGGUGUUUCUAUUAAUUGGGUGAAAUCAAGCACCAGCAGACAAGCAGAGAAACAACUGGGGAAUUUAUUGACUCAUUUAGUUAUUCUUUCUACUUUGAUUUCCUUCUCUAACUGUUGGACUUGCUAAAAUGGUAUUAUUUGCUUCUUGCUUUUAUGUUACUGGAAAGUUAGGACAUGUAAAUGGGUAAGUGCAAUAAAGUUUCCUAAAUGCUGGAA